AUCUUCAUCUGAGUUCACAGCCCGCGCGCGUGUGUUAAUAUGUGCCUGUACUAGAGCACCGCAGAGCGGACGCGCCUCCCUCCGCCACAGGGCCACGGAGAGGCCGUACGUCUGGACGCCCCGGCGUCUGCUGCUCGCGCUCAGGGAUGGAUCAGGGAUCCGCCGCGGGCACCGGAGGGACCUUCAUUUCCCUGAGCGACAGUGAGCAGAGAUGUUACUCCGGGCUGUACGCGCUCUGUCAGCCCGACAGCACUGGCAAACCGGCGGCGGGGAAGGUGGCGGAGCUGUUCCGGGCGUCGCAGCUGCCGGCCGAGACGCUGCACCAGGUAACAGAGGUGUGCGGAGCUAAGCGGCUUGGUUACUUUGGCUGCGGGCAGUUCUACGUGGCUCUGAAGUUGAUGGCCGCGGCGCAGGCGGGUUUGCCGGUACGUCUGGAGAGCAUCGCAGGUGAACUUCCUCUUCCUGUGUUUGUUGGGAUAACGAAUGAGCUUGAGAUGCGUUACGCCAAUCACCCCUCAACCAAUGAGAGCCAGCCGCACAUCCUGGGCUCAGUUACAGGCUCCGCCCCUCGUCCCCCUGCAGACAGACCUGUACUCAGACACCCUGACACCAGCAUGGACAAACAGGAGGCGUGGUCUCCACCGCGGUCACCCGUCAUCUCCCCGCCCCGCUCACCGUCAGCCUAUCGCAACUACCCAUAUGGUGCACAGAGAAACGGAACAGACACGCUAUUGGCGUAUGACGGUAAAGUGCCGGCUCGUCCCAGUGUUCCUCAGGAAAACUCCUCUCCCAGUCAUUAUUCUCUCAAACCGCAGCCGGAGCAGCCUGUCAUCACACGCGUUGCGUCUGUGGAGCGUCUGGUGGAGAGAGUGGAGGUCGAUUACUCAGACGACCCCUGGAGGAUCACAGAGGAGCAGCGUGAAUAUUACACCAACCAGUUCAGGAGUCUCCAGCCUGACCUCAGCGCUCUCAUCGUGGGAACUGUUGCAAAAAACUUCUUCACCAAGUCGAAGCUUCCGAUUCCAGAGCUGUCGCAUAUAUGGGAGCUGAGUGAUGUUGACAAGGACGGCGCUCUCACUUUCCCAGAGUUCUGCACUGCCUUCCAUCUGAUCGUGGCCCGGAAAAACGGUUACCUCCUUCCUGAAACUCUCCCUGCCACGCUGAGACCGGGCUUUGUGGAGCCAGGUGUGGUUACAGCGCCACCAUCUGAGGCGACUCAACCUCUCAUUGUCUUUGAUGACAAUAUGAUGCCUGGAGCCAAUCAACUGGAAAUGGGUUCUGUUGGCCUUCAGAUGACCUCAAGACCAGGUGUGACCGCUAAACAGGAUGUGAGAGAUGAAAGCAGGAAACCGGAAUUCAGCCCAAAGAGAAUUCCAGAGCCGCAUGAAAAGCCAACACAGCGUGUCAGCACUUUAAAACCAGAUUCUCCACAAGAGCUUGAUUCAAAUAUGAAGUCAAGAACACGACCCAGGUCAUAUUCCAGCACCUCCAUAGAUGAUGCCAUGAAGAAGGUGGAAGAGCCGCCCACUCCUCCUCCUCGACCCCAGAAGACUCACUCCCGCGCCUCCUCUCUUGACCUCAACAAGCUCUUCCAACAGAGCAGUCAAGGUGCUAAAAGUGGCUGGUUGCCUCCUCCUCCAGCUCUCCCUCCACGACCACCAGCGACACAGAUCUUCAGCUUCAUCCCUGGCUCAGAGAAGAGUUCCCAAAAGGCUGUUCAGCAGCCAAACUUUGCAGAUUUCAGCAAAUUUAGUGAGGAGCAGGAGACUGUCGUGACAGGAGCUCUCAGCACCGAAGACCUGGCACCUCCCAAAUCGGAUUCCACAGUGUUACACCAAGGCCACGCCCCUCAGAAGCCAGUACGAAGAAAACUCCACACUGAAAGCCAGAGUGCCACGCCCCCCUUGGCCACGCCCUACUCUGCUGCCACAUUGACCAAAUCUACACAGAGGCCUCCACCCAAGCAGAAGAGAGAGAUCCAGAUGGCCAUAAGGAAGAACCGAGAAACCAACGCAGUCCUGACACGUCUCAACAGUGAACUACAGCAACAGCUAAAGGUUGUGCAUCGGGAGCGAGUUACUCUGGAGUCCCAGCUGGAGUUGCUGCGGCCCGUGGCGUCAACCUGACCCAACACACUCUCGCUUUCUCUCGCUUUCUGUCCUUCUCAUGCGUGCUUGGGCACGUCUUUCGAUCUGACGCUGGACUCUGGGUUCUGUCUAAUAUUCUGAGCUUAUAAUUCAGUCACAUGACAGGAUACUUACUUUAACUGACCAAACACUUUGGGAUGCCACAAUCACUGUGUCAGAACCACAGGAAGAGCAUUUUACCUCCACAGGAGAGCGGGAAGAAUUCUAGGAAGUUUAUUCUGUCAAAAAACUAUAUUUUUGGGUUGAGUUUGUGUUUAUAUGUUCCUGUUUUUCUUCAGCAGAAUCAUGCCAACAUGACUAACUGUUAGUUAUGCAGACCAAUGAAAAGGAAAAGCUUCAGUAUUCAACUUCAUCAAUUUGUGGUUUAUGCAAUGGAUCUGAUUUUCUAAUGAUUCAUCCGAUAACUGCACCAAAUAAUGAUUUAAAUCACUUUUUUUGUAUUUUUGUUACUGUAAUUUAAUAAACAUGAAUAUGUUUGAAGCUGAUCCUGUUCCACCAAGAAUAAGCUUAUAAGGGUGAAUCUCAAGAAAACAAGUCACAUUUCACCCCAAGAACAGUAGAAUAAAAUAACUUAUAUUAUAAUAAUAAUUACUUAAUUAUUAUAUGGACUUACGCAUAAAGUAUAAAUUUUUUUCAUGACAAGUACAUUUUAAUCAUUACUUAGUCAGCACAACAAAUAAUAACCUGAUCAAUAUAUAUAUAUAUAUAUAUAUAAAAUAUAUAAUCACAAUUAAUCGUAUCUAACACAAAAGUUUGUAAAUAUACAAUAUAUAUACUUACAAACUUUUAUGUUUGAUGUGAUUAACCGAUUUGACAGCAUGUAUCAAAUAUUGAUUAAUCGCAUCUAACAAGUUCGUAAAUAUACAAAUAAAUAUAUUUACAAAUUUUUUUUAGGAGUGAUUAGUCACGAUUAAUCAAUUUGACAGUACUAAAUAUAUAUAGUGCUGUCAAAUCGAUUAAUCACGAUUAAUCGCUUCUAACAAAAGCUUGUAAAUAUAUAUAUAUAUAUAGUACAUAUGUUGUAUAUUUACAAACUUAUAUAUACAUACAAGCUUUUGUUAGAUGCGAUUAAUCACGAUUAAUCGUUUUGACAGCACACUAUAUAUAAUAUAUAUAUAUAAAUAGUAUAAAUUACAUUACACUAAAUAUUAAUAAUAAUUUGGGGAUUGAAAACUGUUUAAUUGUUGUGAAAAUAAUACCAGAAUACAAAAAAAGCUUAAUUUUCUUUACGAAACAUAUUCUUUCACAAUUUCUGUAAUUUGUUUUCUUUUGGUUUUGGGGUUAAAUAUGACCCUUGACAGAUUUUGUGUGAUUUGCCCAUGAAGAAAAUAGCUGCAAAUGUAGUUAAAUGUAGAAUAAUCAUUACUUUGUGUGCUGGGACAAAGAGUUUGCAAAGAUGGACGUGUCCUAAAGACCGUGUGUGUUCAUGCAUGAAGAUGAACAUUUACAUGAGACGUUUAUUUUUACACGAGUAGUUCUGGCAGCAUGUUGUAUGUGAGUAGUUUGACAAUACAGGACUGUUUAAGACUGGAAUGUUAGAAUAUCUAGACAUAUGUAUUGAAUGUCAUAUUAACCUCAGAUCAGUGAGGGCGAUCCAGUGAUUGUGCUUGUAAUGUAUUACAAAAACCAUCCAUCAAUAUGUCCAAUUUUUUUUUUUUUACACUUCCUUUUAUGGCUUGUCAUAUCCUUAACUAUUAUUUCUAACUUUUCAGUAAUUUCUUAAGCAUUUCUUACUAUCCUAAAAAUCAUUUUGGGGGUAAUUAUAGUAAUUAUGAAAUUUUAAAAAAGGUUGAUUGUUUCAAAAAAAAAAAAAAAAUGCAUCAAAUGAAAACCAGCGACUGCAAAAAAAAAAAGUAUAAAUGUUUUUUUGUUCAAAAGUGUGCUAAAUACUUUCCUAUGCAAAAAAAAUAAAAAUAAAUGAAUAAAUAUUGGUGACUUUGCAGGCCGAGCUUGUUGUUGGCCACGUUGUGUGUUUUUGAUACUGAACGAAUCUCUCAUACACUGUGUUCUGAUGGAGGAGUGGGAAUGUUCUGUCCGUGAAUGUGUCAAUAAACCAGUGGAAUUAUGGGAGAA